GACAGAAGGUAAACAAUCGCGGAUUGCAUGGAAAAAUAAAAGUGAUGUUCGCGCAGCGAAAAGCAGACAAAAAUCGACACGGGUGAAAAUAGUUUGUAGUUUUCGUCUCGCUAAAUUUUCCUCGCUGGUGGGAAAUCGUUCCCACUCUCUGGCAAACUCCGAACCCGCGACCGUGAUGGAUAUUAACAGAAAUAAUGCAUUCUUCGAGAAGCUAAAACAAAAUGUUACCGAUUCAUUCGACCGUCUGCGGAAAGCGGUUGACAUGAGGGAAAAGUUGCUGCUCAGACAGCUCACCGUCGUGGUACAGCAGGCCCAACACAUCACCUUCGAGUACGACAGUAUCCGUUUUCUGGGCGACGGGGAGGAUGAUUUGGUGGGUCGUAUCCGCACGUACGGCCGGUACAACAUUGACAACUUCAACGUGAUCCUGCAGAAGGAACCGUACGAAAACGAGGACUACAUUCUGCCGUCGAACGAUCACGAUCUGAUGCACAAGAGCUGCCGGCAGGGUGCGGAUGAUGAGCGCAAUCCGGAGAGUGAGGAAAUUGUGGUGGAGUUUUUUAACAACCGUAGCCUGAUAAAGGACAGUGCCGAAAUGGUGCGGGAAUCCAUCAUUAACCUCACGCUGAACGAAAGCCGUGAGCUGAUCGAUCGGACAAUAGGCGGCGGUGGUGGUGGUGGUACAAGCAACGAAGAACCGUUGCGUGUGUGUAGUAAAAUCGAUCCAACAACGCACCGGGCGUACAGCAGGGGUCGGAACUCCCUAACCGACAUGCAGCUCGAUUCGCUUUCCUUUCAAGGUGAUCAGCAGCAGGACGAUGGCAGUAAUAACAACGUUGCCACUAGCAACCCAAAGCCUGCCGCCCGGCCCGUAUCGCGUGAUGGUGAGAAAGUGAUUUCACUUUCGCUACCACCGCACCGCAUGAUACCGAAAGCGUCCCAAACGGAUGGGCUAAUUGUUGCCAGUGGCACCGACUCGGAAGGGAACGUCCGUGAGUCCACGGCCACCGCAUGCAAGGCGGCCAUCGAUAAGCGCAUGAAAAACGUAAACCAUGUCACCAUGAACAGCUGCGGCAGUACGAUCAAUCUGAAGAACGUGACCAAUCUGACGAUAAAUUCGUGCUCGGAACGGCCACAGCUAAAGGAACGGGAACGCGCUACCGUCCCGGAGCCCGGAAAAUGUCCCUCCGAGGAAGGCAGCCCGGAGUGUGGAUUCUACAAGCGACUCAUUACGGAGAACAAAAUCCUACGCAACCAUAUACUCAAGUCAAAGCUGGGCACCGGCACAGGUGCAUCGCGCUUCAUCAAGUCACAGGUAGAUCAACCGCUAGUUAGCUCAUCCGUGUCGGAUCGUUCACUGUCUUCGGGUACGGAUGAAACGCUUACCAGCGAUUCGAAAGCACCUUCCGGCAACAGCAACAACAACAACAACAACGAUACGGAUGGUCUAUCGAGCAGCAGUACCAGCUCCAGCGGCGGUGCACCGGCAGCACCAGGUACCACCAAUCUUAACAUUCCUCUUUCUGAGCAGGAACUGCAGCACAUGUUCGAUCUACCGUCGGCCAUGUGCGACAAAAGCCUUUCCUUUGUGUUGGGCGAACUGUACGGGUUGCCGACGGGUGGUGUGGACGCACUGCCAGCGCCCGGCAAAACUAAGGAGCACACGAUGCAGAUCCAGCAAUGGCUGAAGCAAAUCAUCUCGGAAGCCGAAACGGAACCGUUUCAAAAUGCCGAAAUGCUAGAGUUUAGCAAAAUUCACGAUUAAUUCAGUUUUCGAUCGUGAACUGUUCCGGUAAAUGUUCCAUAACCGCAGGUUUUUUGUUUUUUUUACAUAUAAUCUAGGCAAAAAGCAACAGCUUCUUAACGUAUUAUCUGUGAUUGUUUAGGUUCCAUCUCUCACUCUCUCGAUGUAUGUAGCUCAUGCAAAUUGGGCUACCCCUCGCGAUCUACGUUUUCCGCGCUUCUAAACACUUACAAAAGAUUUCGCCAUCCACACAAACCCCAUUUUUCACCGUUAUUAUUUGCACCAAUUAGUACUUUGUUAGCGUUUUGGGUUUGUUAACGCGUUAACGAUACGAUUUUCUUCUGCAUAAAGCAUCUUAGGUUAUUCAUAAUUCUUUUUCUUACUAUCGCCGUUUUAAAUAACAUUCCACUAUCGCGCAAUGAGCACAGACGAUUCUACACACACACGGAAUCAGUUUCAAAGUGGUGUGCCAUUGUGUAUGUGCGAGGGAAGCGUACUUAGAAGGUAAUAAGGUUACUUAGAUACAAUCUUAAGAGGAGAGCGCCUGCCAGCGGAACGAUCGAUCCCCGGCCAUAGUCUCGCACGCGGUCACUUGUGGGUACUUGUGGUAACGAUUGUGGGGAAUCGGUUUCUUUAAGUAUCGAUACUAAGCCCAUCCGGCUUCCCAUCCUGCUCCGGGUGCACUACAUUACUUUUACCCAAUUUUUCUAUCUUACUCUGGGUGUGUACUUCUGGCAAAAGAAAAAGCAGUGGAAAACAGAAACCACUAGUAAAAGUAACUAAUGUAUGUGAGUGUAUGGUGUGUGUGUACGUGUGAUGUAUGUGUCCUUUGUAUGACCAGUCUCAAUUGUGUCGCAUCGAGCAGAAUGCAGCGUGUAAUAUGGCGUGUUCAUUAUUAUAGCUUCUUUUGCUAAAUAAACAUAUUUCUUACUACUGAUGCA